AUGAGCCGGAAAUAUGGGAAAGUAAAAGUUGGAACCUGCUCACAUGGAGCCAUUCUCCCUUAUUUGGCUGUUACCAGUCCGAUUCCUCGUGGAUUGGCGUUCACUGAAGCUCCAGGAAUUGGUGUCCGAAUAGUUGCCGGUAAUGCGAUAGGAGACUUGUGUUUCCUGGAUUUGCGUCUUCCCAAGGAAUCUAUCAUGGUGGCGGAUGGUGACGAUGAUGAAGCCCCACUUUACCCUGGUCAGAUUAAGAGUCGCGGUGCUCGCGCUCCGGAGCCUCCUGUUGGCGUGCGUACUCUUCCUGGUGCAUCUGGAAGCAUCACUGGGCUGGCUUGUGGGGGAGCUGGUUCUGCGAAUUCUCCUGUCGCCAGCCCAACAGCCUUAUUCGACUCGCAGCCAGUCUUAAUAGCUUCAUCCCUGGAUCGCUAUUUACGGAUAUAUAAUCGCGAUACGGGUGAUCGACUAGCAAAGGUUGGUUGGUUAAUUUCUAUAUUGCGUACUCUUCCUGGUGCAUCUGGAAGCAUCACUGGGCUGGCUUGUGGGGGAGCUGGUUCUGCGAAUUCUCCUGCCACCAGCUCAACAGCCUUAUUCGACUCGCAGCCACUCUUAAUAGCUUCAUCUCUGGAUCGCUAUUUACGGAUAUAUAAUCGUGAUACGGGUGAUCGACUUGCAAAGGUUGGUUGA